AUGCAGAACAAUAAAUAUACUUUGCAGAAAAAAAAAAAAAAACAUGGUUUAUGUGUUGACCUGACUCGGCCAGGACAAAGAAUAACAACGAUUCAACUCGAUGGCGUACAAUAUUUUGUCAGUAGAAUGAAUCCAUAUUCUCCAGAACUUAAUUACUUUUUAUCAUAUCAAUAUUGUCGUUCAUUCGGUUUACAAUUGGUUUCGUUUGAAACAAAAGAAAAAGCAGAUUCAAUAACUCAAUAUUUAAAAAAUGCAGGUAGAUAUAAUAAAUAUGAUUUUUGGACAUCCGGUAAUAAAUUGGGUACGAAUAUGUUGUUGUGGAUGAGUACGGGAUUACCUUUCAACGUAACAUUCAAUUACAUGAGAGCGGCUGGAAGUUUACCCAACGAUCCUGUACAUUUAGAAUCUACCAUUCCAAUGAUGGCUCCAGAAGCGACAGGAAGACAAGCCGAUGGAAACGACAUCGGAGCUGCCAACGGUUGCGUCACCCUAAAGGCUCCAGACCAUACGUGGGAAGUUGAUGAUUGUCUUAAAAUAAAAGAUUUUAUUUGCGAACAAACAAGAUGUUAUUACUACAAUUAUGGGUCCAUCCCAGUUAGCACUUCCCAGGGGUAA